UUUUUUUUCUCCAUCCAACCGCCAAUACACACAAGCGCAAGGCACGCACGCAGAAGCACAAGCCUCAUAUCCAUCCAUCCAACAACAACCCACCCCACGCGCACAACCGGCCGUCUUUCCUCAUCUCCCACGCUCCUUCUUUCACAAAAACCACAAACCGACAAUGGCUUUCACACACCGCGGUGGCUUUGCUGUUUUGUUUGCCAUCCUCACCAUUGGCGUGUGCGUCGUCGCGCUGCUCCCGAAAGUCUUCUGGGUUGAGGCUGAGGUGAAGCUGAGCGACGACUUCAAGGUGCAGAUCAAGUCCAGCCUGUGGCAGCAGUGCAACACCACCACCAUCGGCAACUACUCGGCCACGGAAUGCUCUGGGAUUCGCAAGAUUGACUUCAACAAGAUCAAGUCUGAGCCCUCUGCAGAACGGGAUGGUGCCGUUGCGGGUCUUGUCCUGGGUGGCUUCUUCGCCCUCGCCUCCCUCUUUGGCGUGUGCUGCCGCUCCAAGUGCGCCACCGUCUCCCUGCUCGUCGUGUCCCUCAUCUUCACCGCCGCCACCGUCGGCUGCUACUUCCGCUACAAGGACCACUCCCUCAGCAGCGAGUACGACUUCAUCUACGGCUACUGGGUCGCCUGCGUCGCCUGCGGCCUCGCCCUCUUCUCCGUCAUUGGCUCGUGCUGCAUGAACAAGAACGCAGAGUACGAGAUUCUCGCAUAAGCGCAACCCACACAGCAAGUCCCCACCACCAAAUAGAUGGAGGAGGAGGAAGAAAGGAAGGAAGGACAACCCCUCCCUCCUUCCCACCAACGUCGUCCCUUUGCAUCGUGUCGGUUGUUGUGUCAUUUGUGUAAGUGCGUGUGCGUGUGCGUGUCGUUGUUCCUGUGUUUGUGCGUGCACGUGUCUUUGUUUGUGUUUCUUCUUGAAAGCGUCUGCGAGCGCACUACAUCCAAAACCGCCGUUGUUCUUCGACCUUCCCCCCCCCCCUUGUUUGUGUUAACAGCCCCUUUCCAUGUUGGGUUCCAUGUGUUCAUUGAGAGACGAAAGCGAUACUUUCGAGCGUUUGUUGUGAUGUGACUGUGGUUUGAUCGAUCCAAAUACAAGCAUACACCGAAACAACAAGA